CUCCCGGGCACGCACAGUCCUCGCAGACUCGUGCUGUCCUACUCCCUCCCACUCGCUCUCCAUCCCCACAUUCCCUUCCAGUCACUCCUUCGGCUCCAUCCUCGCCUCGGCUGCCUCCACGAUGAGGCUCUCAUCCUCCCUCGCCCUCGGUCUCUUUCUCUCCGCUACUCUGUCUGAAGCAGCCAAGAUCUCCUUCACACAGCGCAAACGGCCGAACCAUUCUCCCCAGAAGCGUUCUGGCAAGACUUCCUUUCGCCGACCUGUCCUUGCUGCCGCUUCGUCGACCUCUUCCGGCAACGGAGACGAUGCCGACCUAAGCUCGUUCCAUGAUCUGUUGUAUAUUGCUAACGUCACCGUAGGAGGAACAGAAUACCCUUUGCAACUUGAUACCGGCUCCUCCGACCUCUGGGUUAAGGGAGCCUCCUCUCCACUACCCAACGCUAAUCAGACGGCCUUGACGCUUAAUGUAACCUACGGCAUAGGCUCAACAUACGGCCACAUUUCUUACACUGCCGUUGAAUUCGCUGGCAUCAACGUGCCCAAACAAGCCUUCAUUGAUGCGUCUGAAGCCAGCAACCCCAUCCUUUCGUACGGUGUCGACGGCAUCGUCGGACUGGGUUUCAGCAAGCUCUCAAGCGUCGACAACGCGCUCACAAAUGCUGGCCAGUCAGAUGGCAAGGCCCUCCUCUCUAACCUCUUCGCAGACAACCCGAAAGAGCCCAACUUCAUCGCCUUCGCCCUCCAGAGGACGACGGAGUCUGGUGGUGAUGUCGAGGGGUCCUUCACAAUAGGCGAGUAUGAUGAUGACUACAAGGACGUCGCGAACAGCCCGAAGAUUUCCACCUUCCCCGCGUCCGACCCCACCCGCUGGACAGUGCUGCUCGAUGCCAUCGUCCUCGCCAACAACAACACCGUGAUCCCUCUGAACACCAGUGUAGCCGGCGCUCCGUCAGGCAAGGCGGUCGUAAUGCUCGACAGUGGCACGUCAUACACGUACGCAACGAAGGAAGUGUGCGAUGCGAUCUACGGCAACGUUCAGGGCGCGUCCUACAACUCGGCUCUCGGUCAGUGGGUCGUCCCUUGCGACGCGGAGGUCGACAUUGCUCUUCAGUUCGGCUCCUCUGUGUACCCAAUUCACCCUCUGGAUGUGACGCCCAAAAGCCUCAGCGACAGCACCCUGUGCGUCGGGUCUUUCAUCCCGCAGGCGGUCUCCGUCGGAGCUGGCCAGUUCGACUGGCUCAUCGGCGACAACGUCAUGCGGUCCCUGUACACCGUCUACGACUUCGGCGACUACGACAGCUCGGGCAACAUGGGCAACCCCUACAUGCAGCUCCUCUCCCUCGUCGACCCCAACACCGCCUCCAAGGAGUUCCACGCGGACCGCGGCGGCUCCGCCUCGACCAACAUCAGCUACCGCGCCCAAAGCGUCUCCGCGACGGGCGCCGCCGCCGCAGGCGGCUCGACGACCGUCGACGUCUCGGACAAGCUCGCGGACACGCUCAACAAGCUCCAGGCGUACCUCCCCGCCCUCCUCGCGAUCAUGGCCCUCAACGCACUCGUCGUCCUCGUCCUCGUCGCCGCGGGCGUCGUGUACCUGCUCCGCCGCCGCAGCAGCCGCGCGGCGCGAGCGCGUCGGACCCCGGGGCGCGCGACGCCCAUGCCGCUCCACCGCGCGUCGUCGUACAUCGAGGACACGCCCGGGCCCGGGCCUGGAGGGCUCGGGGCGUACCAGCCCGUGUCGAUGGCGCUGACGGAGGACACGUUCGUGCCGCCCUCCCCGGCGUUCUCGAAGCCGGGCUUUGGGGACAGCACCAUCCGGGCGGGGGACAGGCCAAAGUCCGUCGCGUGAGGCGUGCACGGGCUGCACAUGGAGUUUUGUCUGAGCGUUCUUGCUCUUGCUGUUUGUGGUUUGCGGGCUGUUGGGGGUGAAGUGGCAGUGGUGGCAGGGGCGGGGGGUGGGAUGUCAUGCCGCUCAUGCACGCACGUACACGUAUAUCGGUAUGCUCGACGUAUUCUCUCCUCUGUGCUGCUUCAUCAUCUACACCGUACUCGCGCCCUGUCCCUGUCCCUCCUACGCGUAUCAUGUUGUGUUGCUCUGUUGACGACGAAUGGACCCUCCUUGUCAGUAGUAUAUUGCAGCGUGGUGUGGCUCUCCCGCACGCUUCUUGGAACGGACUGGUGGCUGCCAGAUAUAUUUCUUGUUAUGUGCUCUCUUUCUCGCCCCGUGUGCGCUGUGCACCCGCUGUACAUAGUCAAAACUGGCCGUUCGCGCUCGUCGACUGUGUUUGUGUGGAUGGUGCUUCAGCAGCCCCAGGUCUCAUGCAGGCACAGCGAGCGGCAUGUAUUCCAUGAGACGGCAUUAGGUCGGGAUGUAAGCAAUUAGAAGGAUCUACUGUUCGACUUUUGCUCUCUGGCUAUCCGCUCCCACUCUACCGCCUCGUCCAUGGCGGAUAGGCCCUGCUCGCUCCCGAGCAACUCUUCCUCCAGAAGAGGGGUGUCGUUCGCAUUCGGUCGCUGGUGCCGAUGGGCGAUCAGGAAGCCCCGCGCCGCCGAGCGGAUCGCCACGAAGUUCCUCUCUUCGUGCCCCAGCCGCGGGCUGUCGUCCGUCCUCCUCGGUACGAGGACAUCGACGGCCUCGACGAGCGCGGACGCCAUCUUGUGCGCGUAGUACGUCGCGUCCUUCCUGGACGCUGGCACUCCCCGAGCCGGCUCCGCCUCCGCCUCUCCGCCGGCCAGGGACAGGUACCGCGUGAGGUUCAGCCGGUGCACGAUGCGCAGGCACUGGCGCAUAACCGCCUCGUCCCCGGUGGCGAGGGCUACGCGGGCGAUGCACGACGCCCCAGCAGCAUCGGGAAGGACGUUCCGCCCCGACGCGCGGACGACCUGCUGCGGGGCGUCCGCCGCCCCGUCCGCGAAGUCCUUCGCGCGGUAGCCGGUCAUAAGCUCGAACGUGCGCAUCGUGCUCUCCCAGUCCUUCGCGCGCCAGCACGCGACGAGCACGAACGUGUAGGUCGAGAGCCCGGGGCGGAUCUUGUGGCCGUCCUUGCUCGACAUCUCCUGCUCGACCAUCCACUCGAGCGUCUGCAGCGCGCGGGCGGCCUCGGUCGUCGAGCCCGUCGCAGCGAGCGCGCCGUACGCUGCGAGGAUGUGGUCCAUGUGCCCGCGGUCGAGCAGGGACGGGUUCUUGUCCAUGAGCUGCUGCGCGAAGUGCACGGUCAGCCGGUGCUUCUUGGCGGCGUUGCAGAGCGAGAGCACGUCCGCGAGCAGUGGGGCCGACAUUUCGACGGUGGGGGCUGGGGCGGUCUCGCCGGGCUUCGCGAGCCCGACGUGCUCGCGGAGGACGUCGAACGCCGCGAUCUGGUCCGCAGGCCUGCCAAGUGCGAGCACCCGGAUGAGGGCGCUGAUGAGGAAGGCGUCGACGGCGAUGGGAGCGCCGUCCUCGAUGCGUUUCGUGAGCUGUCGCCAGAUGAGGCGCGCGUCGGACGCGUGGCGCUCCCGGAUCGCGCGCCCCUGCUCGGUGUCGCCCCGUGCAGCCGUGCUAUGUAGCCCUAGGGCGCGCAGGACAACUGUGUAGGUGACGCUGGUCGGGGAGAAGGGGCCGGACUCGUCGAGCGCGUUGUAGACGUCGAACAUGCGCUGGUGCUCGCCUACGCGGCCGAGGAUGGAGAGGUAUGCGUUUAUGGGCGCGACGCUGUACUCAGGGCUCUUGGGGUUGUGGCCUUUGACGAGCUCGAUGUACGCGAGGUAAUUUUCGUACGUCUUGUGGACGUUCUGGAUGAGUUUCGAGCGGUCCUCCCAGGACGGGACUUUGGUGAAGACAGACAUGAGGGUCGUAUAUGUACGCAGAGCGGGCUUGAAGCCGCGACGUUUCAUCUCGAUGUACAGCUGGUAGGCUAGCUGGUAUCGACCUGCGCGUCCAGCGUGGCUGAUCAUGGUGUUCCAAGUUGAGGUGUUCUGUGCAUCGAGAGGCAUGCUUUUGAGAGUGUCGAUAGCCUCGUCUAGCUUUCCCUCCUCACACAUGUUGGUCAACCUCAGGGUAAGAUCGUACGGCUUGAGGAGACGCUUGGGUCUUCCCGAGCCUUCGUCGCCCUCAUCCGACUUUUCUUUCCCCUUUCCUUUCCAUAACUUUGGAGUUUGACGGGGGUGGCUCGUUGGAAGAGUGCGCUGUACUGACGAAGAUGGCUCUCGCGACACCGAAGCCGUGGAUACAGCGCGGGUAAGUGGUGAGGAUAGUCGACGUGUGACGGCGGUCAGAGGUGCGCAAGCG